UACUAUUGUCUAGAGAGAGAGAAAGAGAGAGAAAGAGAGAUUCCAGAAUCAUCACUUUUCAAUUGUUAGGGUUUCGAUCAGCUGCUAGAUUGUAGUCUAAUAAGAAAGAAGUAGUGAUUGAUGGCAGAUCACGAGGAGUCGUUGAUGGAGAAGAUAAGCGAGAAGCUUCACGGUCACGAUUCAUCAUCCUCAGAUUCAGACAACGAUAAGCCAUCAUCGUCGUUGAAAUCAAAGGUAUUUCGUCUCUUUGGGAGGGAGAAGCCCGUUCAUCAGGUCCUCGGCGGUGGAAAACCUGCUGAUGUGUUCUUGUGGAGGAACAAGAAGAUAUCUGCGGGAGCUUUGGGAGUGGCGACUUCCAUAUGGGUAUUGUUUGAGUUGCUUGAGUACCAUUUGCUGACCUUGAUCUGUCAUGGAUUAAUUGUGGCUCUGGCUGGGAUAUUCCUGUGGUCUAAUGCAAGCACAUUUAUUAACAAGUCUCCACCUCGAAUUCCAGAAGUUUCAGUUCCUGAGAAACAAAUAUUGCAAUUUGCAUCUGCUCUUACACAGGAGAUAAACCAAGCAAUUUCUACCCUGAGGGAAAUUGCUUCAGGAAGAGACCUCAAGAAGUUCAUCAUUAUAAUUGCUGGUUUAUGGGUAUUUUCAUCUCUUGGGAGCUGUUGCAAUUUUUUGACAUUGGCCUACAUAGCUUUUGUUCUGCUCCACACUUUGCCUGUGCUGUAUGAGAAAUACGAAGAUCAGGUGGAUUCCUUAUCGGAGAAGGCGACGAUUGAGCUCAAGAAACACUACAAAGUUUUCGAUGCUAAGGUGUUAAGUAAGAUUCCAAGGGGACCAAUGAAAGGCAAGAAAAAUGCGUGACAAGUUUUAUUAUUUAUUUAGUUUGCACCUAAUGUUUUGUUGAUCACCAGUUGUUGUUGUUCAUCAUUUCUCAAUCUUAUCACUUGCAAACAAACAAGCAAAGAACCCUUUGGUUUAUUUUUAUGAAUUUUUUAGGGUUUCUGAAGUGA